ACUGAACAUACCUGUACUCACCUUUGUCAUUAGACAAUCUGAAAAAGCAGAGUUGGGGUUUCUGGCACAACUUCACCUUCUGGCGAAGGGAAAAAGCUGCCAACAGUAAGCUCACAACCAAACCUCUUCAAGGCAACUUUAAGUGUGGCUGAAUAAAUUGCCAACAUACCAAAAACCUUAAGUCUUUUAACCAGCCAACCAAUGGGAAGACCAUUAACAUUAAGGACUGCAAAAAGAAGCACAAAGUGUUGUUUGUGGAUACAGUGUCCAUGUGGUAGAAUAUGUAUAGGGGAAACAUCCCGAUCCCUUACAGAGCGCAUCGCUGAACAGAGAAGCUGCAUUAAGAGAAAUGUUGUAACCAGUCCUGUUGCAAAAGUCAAACGACAGAUGAACUCGUUCAUGCUUGUGGGGACUGUUGUAGAAAAAAGUGUAAUUUGAAAUUCUACGAAACAGUAAAAGGAGGAUUUAAUAUCACUGGGUGCAGCUGAGUGACAGGGAGGACUAAAUGUAUAAUGGACAUAGUAAGAUCGACCGGGUGUAACUGACUGAGUGCAGGCAAAGUGUGAUUAUGUGUAUGAGGAUACAAUUUAAAACAUCUUUGACGUCUUAUAUUCACAUUUAAAGACGUGUGAGCUGAUCUGCUUUCUGAUUUGUUUGUUUGGCAUCUGUGUUUCAUCGUCACUGUCUGUUUUUUGUUCACGAUGAGCUGAUUAUUUUAGACAUUUUGAAAAUACAAUCGAAAUAAAAAAGGUUCAGUAGAAGUUUGUCUUUUUCCCACUGUGCGAACGUAUCACUGUUGGAUUCUACUGUAAACAACAUGAAUCCCAGCUGACCACAGCGUGGCCACGGAGCUAACUGCCACCUUUUUAAAGCAACGCAAGACACAUUUUUUUCUGUGCAUGUCACUUUUCAAAACAGGAGUUACAAAGAGAUUUACAGGAGGAAGAACAGUGAAGAGGGCACAACCCUUCAAGUGCAGAGGGGCCUGACUAACGCCUGGUGUGUCAGUGGAGAGAAGCUAAAACUGGAGAAAUGUGUGGUUUUGUUUUCGUUAAAAGCCUUGCUGCAAAGGGAGAACAUUUCGUGCUGUCAGCUAACAUACAUGUAUGUACAUGCGUCAACAGACAGGCGGGAAAAUCACAGAGGGAACACACCUUACCUGGUUACAGGUUCAGAGUACAAGUCAUCUGAUUUGAGGACUUUGACCGUGCAACUCACGUUACUCUGAGGCGAGGCGCCUUUAAUGCACAAAGCAGCUGAUUCUGUCUCAUCCAGCUCCACCUACAGUAUUGUACCAUCAUCAUCAUCAUGCGUUAUACCUUCCUGUCCGCUCUCACAACCGUCUUGGCUUUGUCCACAUGGAAAUACCAUUUCCAAAAAGAUGAGAACACGGUCCAUGACAAGAUCAUUCCACUGCUUCAACAACAGUCACAAGAGAAAGAGAAAGAAGGGGGAAAGGUGCUUACUACAUUGGUGGAACAGAAGAAGGAGCUCAAGGACCUGACAGAUAAACCCAAACUUAAAAAGAAUUGCACAGAGCUGAACCCGAAGGUCAGACUGUUCUUUAAACCUGCAUUCACCGCCUUCAGCCUCGACGCUGUUCUCGUCCUCCUCAUCAUACACACUUUUGGAGCUGAUCUGGUUGCAUCCAUUUCCACAGUGUCUGGCUACAUGAGCUCCACUGGUGGCCUGCUUGACUUGGCUUUUAGUUUUAUUCUAGCUGGUUAUGCCAUGUACAAAUGGAAACGUGAGAAAGCCGAGUUGGUGACGGAAAAUACGCAGCUUCAAAAUGAGUCACUGAAGAAAGAGAGAGAACGGAAAGAUGCGGUCGCCACACUGACGGAGGUGAAGACUGAACUGGAGAGCCAGCGGGGUCGACUCAAGGAGCUACUGAAAGAGGUGGAGAGGGAGAGGGAAGUAAACAAGCAGAGGCUUCAGUCAGUGGAGACGGACAUAACAGAGAGAGAGAUAACAUUUGACAAACCAGAGGAACUGUUAAAAGGAAAGGAAAACCUCUUAAAGGAUCAGUGGAAACUGGACGAGAAAAAGAAGAAUUGUGAGGGACAGCUACUGAACAAUGAGAGACUGCUGGAGCCCAUAGAGAGUCACGUUACUAGAAUACACAUGAAGGAAGGAAACAUGCAAAUCUGACUUUGGGUAUAGAGUCGUCAGAGGAAGGAAGAAGAAAGAAAAAGGUUAAUAAGUGUUAAAGUUCAACAACAGUCCAAACGACAAGUUAAAUUAUUGCCAUAGUUCUCCAGGGAACUGCCUGAAAAGGAAAGCUAGAGAUGAAGUGAUUUAUGCUCUGCUUGAAAGAUCUGCUUUGACAUAGAAUAUUGCUUUCUAGAGAAACUGAAGGUAGAAAAUAACUUCAUAAUCUUUAAUUUUUAAAACGCUAUAGGGGAUACUUCAAAAGUUUGUAUAAUAAUUUUUUCAUCAACUGUAUUAAAAUGAAAAUAAAUAAUUAUUUGAAUAAAGAAGUGCAGGUUUUGACCGUCUGGGCAGAGAUUUAAAGCUGGAUAAUAUGGAUUUAUUACAAAUGGGUGCAGCUUAAAGUUUCACUUGGAUAAGUGAGUGCAGUGGUGUGAACUUGUUACAUGUUUGACAUUAAAGGUGGGGUAUGCGAUUCUAAUCCAGCACACGUCUUUUUGUCAAAUUCAGCAACUGUCACGCGCCGCUAGCUGUCCGUUCAGUGUGUGCGAUGAAAAAAGCUCCGGUGUUUGUUCACAGCGCUGGCUCUGUGAAUGGGAAACAAACAAAGCCACACAGCACUAUUCCAGCCAUGAUUUGUGUGUCAGGUGACGUUAAACGACUUGCCCACGGACAUUCAGCUUACUUUCUAAGA